AUUUAAGAAUCAAGUUGCUAUACACCGUGCCACAAAUUCUACAGGAGUGAGUCCUGCAGUGUGAUUCUCAUACAACAGUUGUCAUUUCACUUUACGUUUGUAACUUACAGCAUUUUCUGAAAUGUUUUCUUCAAACAUUCCGAUUUCUUUUCUUUUAACGGUGGUAGUUUUUUGUUGCUCAGUAGCAAGCUGUGAUUGUAAAUCUUCAACUCAAGCGUUCCACUUCGAGGAUUACUCAGAGCAGCGAGUAAAAGGAUGCUACUAUCAUAACCAGACUUUGGGGAUUUGUUUUGAUAUUGAACAAGGCUCGUUAAAACUGAUGGAGACGGCCGGGAGAAUAAUAGUGUUAUACCAAAAACUUGGUACAGAUAUGUUCUAUUACAAGAUUAUAGAUCAAGAUUUCCUAGGGUAAGUGAAACGAUGUUUUUUUUAUCGCAAUCGGAAGACGAGUUGUCAUUGACCCGUGCUCUUUGAUGAAAGAUAUCUGUCGAUCAAUCGUCAGCAGCUAUACUUAAAAACGCCCUCGAAAGUUCCCUGACGUUCUUAUUCUGUUCUACUACGUCAUUCAUAGCGUAAAGUGGGUAAUACCGGUAACAUUGUAAUUCAUCGUACGACAUUAGGCUACUGAAAAUUAAAAAAAAAAACCCUUCAACAUUGGUGAAGUUGUUCACCGGUAUAUUUGUAAUGAAUCUGUCUGUGAACAGAGGAAAGAAGAAACACAGUUUUUAGGUAUUAAGAUGUGUAAAUCGACAGCAUUUAGAAACCGCUUUGUCAUGCCUGCACUCGGUAAGAUAAUCCUAUCCACCAAAACAUUUUCUGAAAGCCGUUUAUUACAGAAAACAAGAGAAUGUCGCCGUUUUGUAAAAAGAUAUAGUCAGCGCCAGAACCUCUGGAAUAUUACUUAACACAACGAAACAGACCACGCGAUCUUUUAAAGCUGGCAGCACUUACGUCCACAGAGAAUUAACUUCUGAUCAAUAAUUUUGUCAAUCCUCUUUAGGCGUGGCCCAUCAUUGUUUUAUAUUCCCAAAGCCAUUCCCAAAGUAUCACACAAUCUUCACGAGUUUCUGACGAUGGGCCGGACCUCCGAGGAAACACAGGUCGAACUUCAAGCGUUAAAAAUCCAUUACCAUGAGGCCAUAAGAGAGCUGCGGCGAGAACCGGAAAUUCAACUUCUGGAACGUUUGUCACAAGCACUUGCUGAAAAUGUAACCCAAUCGGAAAUGUUAAAGCCAUUUCAUGCCCUGUGUUACAAUCUCCUGAAGACUUCAGACGUUCAGACUCCACACGAGUUGAGGGCAAGACGCGAUUUGGGAAAUGAAAUUUCUGGGCACCAUAGUAAGAGACAAAAGCGCUGUGACUUAGCGCUUGAUCCAAAACAAAAUAAUUGCACUGGUAUGUGUGGCCCCAACUGUUCAUGCUGGUCUUGGGUCUGUGGUGACUGUUGUUUCCAUCAGGGAUGUCAUGAACACGAUAUAUGUUGUGAGAAAUAUGGGUCUUGGAGCGCCUAUUGUGCUUUACCACUCGGCUUCAGUUGUGAAAGUUAUAGGACAUGUUAACGAUGGAAAUGACAAGUUGCCUUUUUUUUUUAAGUAUGGCAUCUUUUGCAUCAGUAAAUUAUACUAUAAAAAUUAAGAUAGAUGAAAUAUAAACACAUUUUUCGUUUUAAGUAAGUCAUCUGUACAACUUUACCAGUUUCUUUUGGUUUAAAAAACAUGGACUCAGAACCUAUACCUUGUGUUUUGCUACUUAACCCUUUACAAUCCAACAUCAGCAUGCAUGUUCUCCAUACAUUUCUUAAGGAGCUGACGAGGAGAAUUUGUUUAACAAUCAAGAACUUCUUUGGCUGGUGAUCCUUUCUUUUAUUCUUUUGACCUCAAUGUGUGUUUUAGGGGGUGAUUAUAGAGGGAGAAAUUAGAUGCUAGUCACUUUGAGGGCCUGUCAUAGGGUUAAUUUUGGUCCCGAUCACCCUUUUUAAAAGAAGAAUCAGAACUUAUCUUUCAGGUUUGAAUAACAAGGGUUUCAAUAAUGCUGAUAGCUCAUUUUUAUUUCUUUUGUGCAAUUAACAGCAAUUUAACUUCUGUAGUAUAAUGAUGAAACUUUCAAGAGCAUAUGGAGCAGUUAAACAAGACCUUGCUUUCCAAUUCUCUGGACAUGGUUCUUUUUUCUCAUUCCCAUGAAUGUAAUGAAAUAUUCAAUAUGCUUAUCAACAAAUAUCUUUUUACUUCAUUCUAGGUAAAUAAAACUUGUUUGGAUCGAAUUUGAUAAAAAAAAUCAUGACAAGUUUUGUUAUCAGACUUGCACUGAAAUUACUCAAAUAUACUAGUUGCAAGCAUAAAAUAUUUGAAUAGUCUA